AUGGAUAGCAAGAAUUCCGAUCCACCUGCGGUAACCAUUGUCAUUGACCCGCCCGACACACCGUCAAACUUUCUUGGAUAUAAUGUUUUGUGCUCCUCACUUGAUAGCGACUACCUGAUGCAACCCAUUAAUGAGGCUGAGUACGACAGUGAGACUCAGGCAUGUGUUGACAUUAUAAGUGGUAAGCACAGUUCAUUUUAUGAGCACUACACACAAAAAGCCACACUAAAAAAGGGACUUGACGUGGGACCAGAAUCUCCGCUACCACCACCGCGACCACUGUCGGACGGAGAUAAACUGGCACCACCUCCUUCACGUGGUCUCCCCAUCGCGGCUGUACCAUGCUCUGUUCUUAAGGAUCCAGUAGCACGUCGUUUGGCAACAGGAGUAUUCCCAAAAGAAUGA